GCCAGCACAUCACAUAGUUGACAUAGUAUCGUGUUGCCGCUACUAGGCCCCGCCAUCGCUCGACACAUUGAUGAUGCGACGGUCAGGGACCCAAGCUGACACGCUGGCAGGUUGAGGACAUAAAUAGAGCGGCUGCGCUGUUGUACUGGGGACGACUAUCCCGCUGCACCACAAAAGCUCUCAAGCGUUCGGAUACAGGGUCAGUGCUCCAUAUACCAUUGCACCUGCGCACAACACUUCACCCGAUUCUAUAUCCCCCCUCGGAUCAUAGCUUUGCGUCUAUCAACACAGCGCCUAGCUUCCUGAGGUCUACAUGGAGAUCUAUCGUCGACCCAUGCCUGUGACCCCGAUGCCUUCGCGACAGCAGCAUUCGAUAUUUCACUGUCCCCAUCGAGAUUCGAACUUCGGAUUGACUCAUACACCUGUUGGACUGGGACGACUUUCCCGCUGCACCACAAAAGCUCUCAAGCGUUCGGAUAUAGGGUCAGUGCUCCAUAUACCAUUGCACCUGCGCACAACAUGCGCUGCCCUUACUCUAGUAGAGGACUAGUAAAUUCAAGAAGAAAGCAAUAGAACAACAAAUGUUCUAUGUUCUAUUGGCUUCCAUGGACACGACAAGUGUUCGAGCAGCUUCUAUGGGCGCAAGUAUAUUGUUGGACUGGGGACAACAUUCCCGCUGCACCACAAAAGCUCUCAAGCAUUCGGAUACAGGGUCUGUUGGAGGUGAUGCUACUCGCGGUCAAGAUCUCACGACGUGAUCGGCAGUGGCAAAUCGCAUGUCUAUGAACGACCAUCAUGGAACAACACAGA